GGGCUCCACACAUGAUUGGCUGAGAGAGAAUGUGUGUUAGCUCCUCCCCCUUUACGAGAGUUGCCAGAAGCAACAGGAAGCGACGACCCAAAAAAAGAGUGCAGGCUGUGAGAAAAAACAAAAAGAAAACACUGGAGGCCGAACACAUAACCUGUUGAUUGGCCUCCACAUCAGAGCCACUGUAGACCUGCAGACCUGUAGACCUAUAGACCUGCAGACCUGCACCCUGCAGACCCGGACCCGACCUGAGAGUCUACGUGGCACAGCAGUGAGAUGUCCUCCUCUUAGACCGAAAGUAAAGCUCACCUGCCGCAGAACACCAGAGCCAGCCGAGUGUGUUUGAUCUUGGCCAUGGCCCACGGCGCCAGUAUCCAGUAUGAGCCAGUGGCAGAGAUCGGAGGAGGCGCUUACGGGACGGUUUAUAAGGCCCGAGACACAGAGAGCGGGCAGUUUGUUGCUCUGAAGAGCGUGCGUGUGCAGACGGACCAAAAUGGCCUCCCAGUCUCCACAGUCAGAGAGGUGGCUCUGUUGAAAAGGCUGGAGCAGUUCGACCACCCAAAUGUGGUCAGGCUAAUGGAUGUAUGUGCCACCCAGAGGUCAAACCAGGAGACUAAAGUCACUCUGGUGUUUGAACAUGUGGACCAAGACCUCAAAACGUACCUAGAGAAAGCCCCAGCUCCUGGAUUGUCCCCCGGCCGCAUUAAAGACCUGAUGAGGCAGUUGCUGUGCGGUCUUGCAUUCCUUCACUCUAACCGUGUGUUGCACCGAGACCUGAAACCUGAGAAUAUUCUGGUAACCAGCCAGGGGCAGGUGAAGCUGGCUGACUUUGGACUGGCCAGGAUCUACAGCUGCCACAUGGCCCUCACUCCCGUGGUGGUGACUCUGUGGUACCGCCCCGAGGUUCUGCUGCAGUCCAGUUACGCCACACCUGUGGACAUCUGGAGCACCGGCUGCAUCUUUGCUGAGAUGUUCAGACGCAAACCUUUGUUCUGUGGAGAGUCAGAAGUGGACCAACUUGGAAAACUUUUUGAAGUUAUUGGCUUGCCACCAGAGGAUGAGUGGCCGACUGAUGUUACACUCUCAAGACAACACUUCCCCCCUCUCUUACCUCGCCCGAUCACUGACUUUGUUCCAGAGAUAAAUGAGCAGGGGGCGCAACUAUUGCUGAAAAUGCUCACCUUCGACCCCUUGAAACGAAUAUCUGCCCUGAAUGCCCUAGAACAUGCAUAUUUCCAGGACGAGGAGACAUUGACUUGAAAUCAAGAAGUGAAACGUGCGGCGAGAGGUAACGGUGUCUAAGCUUAGACCUGGCCUAACCAUAAAGGAUUUCAGUUUCAUUCAGUGCAUUGCCUUUCAAGACGUCUGAGUUAUGCUCCGGGAUAUUUUUUUGUUGCUCCUACAUCAAAAAAGGAUUAAAGCCUGAGAAAUGGAAUUAAAAAAAGAAGAGGAGUGAACUUAAGGAUCACUGGCAUGCUUUCCAGCGUCACAAUUAAUGAUGUUAACAUGUCGGGUCUUCAAGGACAGUACCAGUGUUUUUGAUGUUUGAUUUGUAUAUCAGUCUCAUCCGCAGGGACUGAUGCACAGAAAUGUCUGUCAUCUCCCCUGAAAUGUAGCUCCCUCUUACUUUUGUACUGUGUUUCAACUGAAGGUAGCAGAGAUGUCGUCUUUUCUCGUUACAGGCUGAACAAAGUCUGACACAAGUGACACCUCAGGGUUAGAUCAGCCAGUCGUUAGUGAUUUUAUUGUAUUUGUGUUUAUGUUUUUCAUACUAAAGUAGCAAGAAGACCAUACAUUUUAUUGGAAAUCCAGAGGAUAGGAAAGAAAAACGCACAAGACAGACACACAUGACAAAAAUACUGGUAUUGCCCUUAAAUACUGUCAUUAAAUGUUUCUGUCGACGGAGGACUGAAGGGUUGCACAUUUUUUGUCCGUUUGCUAAAACCAUCUGAAAUCAACCAGCACUGCAACUACAAAUGAAUA